AGUCAAGGAUGGAAACGCUGAAGGACGAAGGAGAAAGACGGAGGGAUGGAGACAGAGAGAGACGGAGGGAUGGAGACGAAGAGAGACGGAGGGAUGAAGACCGGAGGGAUGGAGACGAAGAGAGACGGAGGGAUGAAGACGGAGAGAGACGGAGGGAUGAAGACGGAGGACAGAAGUCGGGGAAGAGGAGAGCUGAGGAAGACAAUGACUCACCCAACAAGAACCUUCAGAUGUUGGACCACAGUGUGAAGGUGGCGAGUCACACAAACGAGGCUUGCAGGAAGUUCGUCUGGCACGAGAAGUCGAAGCAGAAUGUCUUCAUGAGAAACUUCAACAACUGGCUGAAGAGCGUCCUCAUUGGUGAAAUCCUGGAGCAGGUGCGGGGGGCGGGGCCUCAGCAGGUGUCAGUGUUGGACCUCGGCUGUGGGAAAGGAGGAGACCUGCUGAAGUGGAGGAGAGGAGGAAUCAACCACCUCGUCUGUGCAGAUAUCGCCAGUGUGUCGGUGGAGCAGUGUCAGAGUCGCUACAACGACAUGAAGAAGAAAAGUCACGCACACGAGAAAAUCUUCAGCGCCCAGUUCAUCAACGCAGACUGUACCAAGGAGGUUUUGGCAGAGAAGCUGGCCGACCCCAAACAGAUGUUUGACAUCUGCAGCUGCCAGUUUGUUUACCAUUACUCGUUUGAGAGCGAGCAGAAGGCCGACAUGAUGCUGAGAAAUGCCUGCGAGCGCCUGAAACCCGGGGGCUUCUUCAUCGGGACGACGCCGGACGCCUUCGAACUUGUCUUCCUCUCACCGAUGCCUAUUCCUUCCAUCCUCGAUCUUCUAUCACACCCCCUCUCCACCCUGGCUCUUCUCUCCACCCCUCCUCUUCCUAUCCAUCACAUAGUUGGCUCGUACACUCCUCCUCUUCCGCUCAACCAGGGUCGCCCUUUCUCUACAGCCAACCUCCUCUUCCUAUCAUUCUCUCCACCCUCCUCGUCCUCCCCUCCAGUAAGCGUCUGGGGCUGUUGUUCCCGAUCCUGUCUUGAACGAGGUUGUGCAAGGUUGUACUUCCAGUCCAAAGGCUCUCUACUCUGUUGGAUGUACGAGUAUCACUUUCAGCCUGGAGGGACGUCGUUACCGUCCCCGAGUCCAGUCGUCUACUUAACCUCUGUUGAACACAUGGCGAAGCGUUACAACAUGCGUCUGGUGUUGAAACAGCGAUUCUCUGACUUCUUUGAAGAGAAAGUGAAGAAGGAUCUUCAUCGCAGCCUCAUGAUGAAGAUGAUGGCUCUGGAGCCUUUUCCCGGCGAGGACGACGGUUGCCAGGCAACAGACAGCACGGCUGAGUACAGUCAUGCUAAAGAGCACAGCGGCAGGGCCGGAGUCAAACUACCACUGGGAACUUUGAGCAGAUCUGAGUGGGAAGCAGCCAGUAUCUACUUGGUGUUCGUCUUUCAGAAGAUGUCCUGAUGUUGAACCUGAACUCUCCUUCUACAAUUGUACAAUGUUAACUUUUCUUUUCAUUUUUUGAUAAAGUCUG